CAAUUCAUGACAUCUCGGAGAAUAUCAGAAAAAUGCGAGAUGGUCGAAGGGUGGACCUUGACGCAUUCAUACUUUGUUGCCAUGAAUGGUUUCUUCGACCCGUCAAAACGAAGCGCUGUGGGCCCGAACGAUUUGCAGCAAUACCCCGGAAUAAUCGAGAACACCGGGGAUACUAGAAAGGCUGCAGUAACAAAGCAGGAAAUACUUGACAGAAGCAAAGGCGAUGGGUUUUCCAAAUUUCUCAUUAUCCUUCAACUACUAUGGUUUAUCACUCAGUAUGUCGGACGAUUGGCAAGCCAUUUGCACAUAUCGCAACUUGAAACAAUGGCGCUGGCGUAUGUGGCAUUAUGCCUCCCCCCUUACGUGUUGUGGUGGGGUAAACCUGUCAACAUUCAAUUCCCAAUCCAUGUGACGAGAGAGUCCCCUUCUGUUCCUCCGACUUCCGAGACAAAUAUCGAUCAACCAACACCUAAAUCCGAGACUGAUGCAGAUCCGAUGUCCCUCGUGCAGGUGCCUGAACCCGAUAUCGAGGGUUGGGAAACCAUCACCAUACUUAUAGCCACUGGAAUGAUCUUUGGGGGAAUUCAUUGCCUUGGAUGGUCGUUUCCCUUUCCGACACGCACGGAGAUGAUUCUAUGGCGGGUUUCAGCAAUAUCUCUUACAGUCGCUCCUAUCUUUAUAACGUUGGUUGUGGGUCAGAUGAACCUUGGCGACGUUAGGGGACUGCUCGUGUUAUUCAGUGUACUUGUUUAUUCCGCUGCGCGGAUUAUCCUCCUUGUUCUCACCUUCGGUUCUUUGCGUUCACCUCCGCUCGAUCUAUACCAGACCUUAUCUUGGUCAUCAUUCCUCCCGCAUUUCGGAUAGCUGUGUAUGUACCUGGUGCUUCUGGCUAAAAUCGUGUUUUAUUACAGGACAACCUGAUGUUGACGAAGAUUCAAAUUCAUGAGAUCAUGGCAAGUUACGCAUAAACAUAUACA